AGUUGAUAGAAACCAAUAUGGCCGCCAACUUGAAGUAGUUGCGGUGAAACGAAUUAAUUUUAAUAGAUUUUUCUUUAUAUUAUGGGAGUUCACGGUGGUGAUACAGCCAUGAAGUCUUCAAAUUCUCUACGGGGACAGAUGGGGCUCAGAAGUGGACCAUUAGCACCAACAUCGGCCAAGUUGACGACACAGUAUCUGGUCUUGGAUCACAUGAACAACCACUACAGUAAAAUAACAAAAGCUAGACCUGCUAUUGACAACAAACCUCCAAAAUCUAUGAGCACAAGCCAAAAAGCAAGGGACCGUAAGACUAGAGAUGUUGUCCAGAAGACGGGUAGAAGACCUAUGUCAGCAACAAAAUCCAUGAGUCGGCCACACACCACCACUGGUUACUAUCAGGAUGAGGAUAUCUAUAAUGAAAAUCUAUGGGGAGAAGUGGACCCAGAGGAUGAGGAAGAAAUGAUGAUUCAUAAUAUUAUGCGUACAACGUUACGUGGCAACGAUCCUGUGAGUACUCAGGCUAUGCAUGGCUCAGACCCAAACCAAAAUCCCAAUGAUUUCAGUCCUUAUGCUAGGGUAAGGCAGCGGCCUAGUUCAGCUAGGUCACAACGGUCAAUGGGUAGCGCAGUCUCUCGAACGAUGGUUCAAGUUCCAUCAAAGAAGGGCACUUAUGAUGGCGACAUACUAGAAAAGAGAUCUCAAGUGUUUACAGAGCAGAAGCCUUUCACACCAAGAACAUUAAAGACUGACAGAAAAUCACGACUCAGCCAGUAUAAGUACUACAACAAACUUCCACCAAAAGAGGCAAAAAGCAAAAGUAGAGAAGACGCACCAGAACAGACAACAGAAAAGAAGCAAGUUGAGCCUACAACAGAAACACGACCCCAGCCUAAACCCAGAAACAUUCGCCUAGAUCGGACUCGUGAAGGUCCCGUUACAAUGAAUUCCCUUAUGUUUGAGACCCUCCAUAGUCGUGAUUUUAGUAAGUACGACGAUAAAAAUGGACAGAAUUCUGACAUUCCAAAACUCGAUAUUUCUAUGGAUACGGAUCAUUUGAAAUGGAUAAAAGAACAGGCUUCAAAAGCUAAAGUAAGAUCUAGCAGUGAUACUAUGAAAUCUACAGUCCGAGAAGAAGAUCCGUAUGACCAAAGUGUUGAUUUUGGGAAAACGGGAGAAAUGUCUCUUACAUAUGGAACACUUGGUAGUACAAAAACAAGACCACCUUUAGGGACCAGUAAGAAGAUGACCCCCGAGAUAAUGACCAAACCUGUUCCUACAAAACGCACAGAAAAUAAAGGGGACGAAGAGGCGAUGUAUGUACGGUUUAUGAGGGAUGUAACCAAUGAAGUUUUAGACAGGGGAAUCUAUACAGACAGGGCAUUGAGACAGGUGUUCAAGGCACACAUAGCCAGAAACAAGGGCCAUUUGGAUGAGCUUCGUAUGCAUGAGAUAUUGGACAAUAUCAGGAAGGAGUUGGACAUUCCACGUUAUGAUAUUGAUGAUGAUACCAGUCUGAGUAUGACACAAGACACAGAACCAUUCCCUCAAAAUGGCAUGGAUUCAACGCUUGAGAAAUACAUGUCACCUGACUUUAAACCUUCAAAGUUCAGAGGUCAUGACACUAUAGAUAAUGAAGCCGGAAUGAGCGGAACUUUGGAAACGAGCAUGAAAUCCAGGGCCUCAAAAGUGAGUACUGAACAAUCAGCAGAUUCUUAUCCUUUCAAAAGCACAGAAGACGAUGAGUUAUACAGUACAAUAAGGUCAGACAUGAACAAUACAGCAAAUCUCACAGACACACUAGCACUGAAAACAUACCAGAUGAGCAUCAAUGAGCAAGAAGAGCUCGAAGAAGGGGAGGUAAAUGAAAGUCAUGAGGAAGGGGAGGUUACUCCAAGAGAACAAGGGGAGGUUAAUGCGAGAGCAAUAAGCACUGCUGAUAACAGUACAAGGGUUUCUGAAGAUGAAGAAGAAGAUGAUUAUGAUGAUGAUUAUGAAGAUGAGGGUGAUGAUGAGGAUGAUGGUCAUCAUACGACUGAACCAACAGCAACAUACAGAACUGAUGAUGAUGAUGACUUUUAGAUGAUGUAAAUUUUAUUUGUUGAAUGUUCUUUAAUCAUUAUUCAAAUGUUAUUAGAUUAUUAUGUUUGUAAAUGUGAACAAACAAAAACAUAUCUAGUGUCAAGUAGAUUUUUUUGUAGCUUGCAAUAGGUCAGGAAUGAUUUGCAGGUAUACCUAGCAAUCAUAGUGCACCCUUUUGUAAAUAUAUACUAAUAUCUCACACCCAUAAAAAAAUUUAUGUUUUGGAUGGUUUUUGUAUAAAUUGUCACAGGGUAUUCUGGAUAUUUACUAUUAUUUUACUUUGUGUUUCCUCUUUAUUUUGUAAAAUUAUGUUUUUAUGUUUGUGAUUUUUAAAGAAAUCCGUCUCAUUUAUAAUCCAUCCAUUUUAAGAGUCAUUUAUAUUUAAAAUAGCUCUUUAGUGCAAUCUCUUUAUCAUAUCUGUGUUCUUUGUUUUCACCCGUCUUUGCAUUUAUCUUUUGUCAUCACAUUUAAUGUCAUUAUCAUUUAAGACAUGUUUUAAGGUUUGAUAGAAAACUGUUGGUGAGUGAGUUGUCAGACAUGGACUCCUCUAAGAAAAGCUUUUCACAUGGAUAAAUAGCAAUAUACGUAUGCAAGUUUUUUCCCCCAAAAGUAAUAACGUAUUAGGCUAUCAACAUAUUUAUGUGAUAUUUACUAUUUAGAUGAAGAUGCAGACAAUGCAUAUUGUUUGAGUUAUAUUUUUUAUUUGCUGUCGAUAAGAGAAUUCUUCUUAAUAUGUCUAACCCAGAUACAAUAUAAACACCUUUCUAUGAUUGACCUCCAGAUGUGGAAGUAGAAACUUGAAAAAGAUUUCAAACAUUUUAAUUUUAUGAAAAAACAUCAUUAUUUAAUUGUGACAAAGCUCCUUGAAAAUUGAUGAAUUUUUGCAUAUAUUUUACAAAGACCAUGUGUUUACUACAAGUUUAUUUUCAAAAUGUGAUAACAUACAUAUAAUGUAUGCAUAGUCCUGAAAUGCUCAACUUCUUGUAUAAACUCAGUAUUUUUAGUGUGGUUAUUAUAUAUAGAGAGUCUCAGAGAUGAUGUAUCUACUGAAGGUUGUGACAUUAUGCUCCAUAAUACUAUGCAAUUUUGGCAUUCUCUGGCAGGAAUGGAGAAAAAAACAAUACGAGAAUGUAAUUACAAGGAAAUUACCAAUUGUUAUUAUGGGUCCAUUAUGUUUAUUGAAUUAUAGAGUUAACCACGGUUCAGAAAUAGCUCACUUUGAAUACUGGAAAAUAGUAGCAAUGCAUGCUUAAUUGAUAAUUUUAUAGAACGAUACUCAGUUGGGCCAAAAAUAUAUUUGUUUUCAUUGAAAUGUUUGACUCAAAAGAAUUGAAACCAGUUUUGAAUAUUUAUUUAUUUGAGGAAGGUUGAUUUGUUUCCUGUGCCUGCAUGUGCUAGAAAUGGUGUUGAGGUCUUUGUCAUUAUCAUUAUCUCUGGUGUAUAUACAUGUGUCCAAAAUGUACUGACUGAGAAUCAAGUUUAAAAUGGAAAUAUGUAUUAAAAAUCAUAGGCACUGGUGCUUGAUCUUAAAUUAUCAGCCCUUGAAAAUAGAUUUUUCAGUAUUUUCUGACUUUCAAGGGCAGACAAUUCAUGACCAAGGCUGGGUACCUAUGAUUUCCUUUAUUUGAUUUUUCUGUUUUUGAUUUGAUUCUGUGUCAGUAAACACAGUUUAAAGAAGAAAUUCUGUCCGUAACAAAAUUUUGCCCCAUGUCAAUAUAGUCACUGUGACUAUGAACAUGACAAAAUGAUACCUCAAAGUCCUGGUCUUUCCAAUUGACCGAAUUUCUUUAAACUUUGUUUACUGAAUGCAAAUGAUGACUUAAACAGAAAUAUAAAUUAAAAUGCACAGUUUCUUUGCCUUAAUCUUGAAUUAUCUGCCCUUAAAAAUUGGGUUUUUUAGUAUUUUCUGAUUUUCAAGGGCAGAUAAUUCAAGAUCAGUUUUUGCCUAUACACAUAUAGGAAACUGUCAGAUGUGUCUUUAAAAGGAGUGAUUAUAAAAAACAUGCUGACUGAAUGGCAGACAGUGCAGAUCUUGAAUAGACUGCACGGAUGUGCAGGCCAAUCAUGAUCUACACUGGUCGCAAAAGCAGAAUCAGUUAUCUCCAGCAUGAUAAGGGUUAACACUAAAGUAGAAUAGUUUUCAUACUCACUUACAGGUUAAAAUAAUUUUUUAAAUACAGUUAGAUGUAUAGCAAUAUUUCAUUAUAAUGGCUUUGUGUAUUGCUUUGUUGUUAUUUUUGAAAAUUAUUCAUUUAGUAUUAAAUAAUACAAGAUUUGUGUAAAAGAUAUGCAGUGUUAACUAAAUGGUAUACUGGUACCAAGAAUUGUAUUAAUUUUCUUUGCAUUUUUUGAAAAAUCUUGAAUUUGGGGGAAAAAUCACUUUCAAUUGUUUGUCAGUCAUAGCUGUUAGACAUGUGAGAGUUUGUCACUGCUGAACCAUUUAUUCAGUAUUGUUAUUUCUAAAUUACUGCUGUAUAGAAUAUAUUUUAUAGAUGAUAUAUCACUGUUUUUGUGUCAUAUUUUAUUAUAGAAGAUACAUUGUUAUUUUUCGUGGUCAUAUUUUGUUGUAGAAUAUAUCACAAUGUUUUUCCUGUCAUAUUUUAUCGCAGAAUAUAUCAUGUUUUUCCUGUCAUAUUUUAUUGUAGGAUAUAUCACAAAGUUUUUCCUGUCAUAUUUCGAUAUAUACGAUAUCAUAUUUUUCCUGUUUUAUUAUGUCUCCCACCACAUAGUGGUGUGGGAGACUUAUUGAUUUACUCCUGUCUGUGUGUGUGUGUCUGUCUGUCUGUCUGUGUGUCUGUCUGUCAGUCUGUCACAAAUCUUGUCCGCACUCUAAGUCGAACAUUUCUCAUCCCAUCUUCACCAAACUUGAACAAAAUGACACUGUAAUAUACAUCUGGAGGCAUGCCCCUUUAAUAUGCACUGUAUAAGUGGAUAUAUUGGCAGGUAAAAAAGUUUGUGAAUUUGUUGAUUCCAGGUUUUCGCAAGUGGAGAUAUUUGUUAAUCGCUGAAAACUGAAGUGACACAGCAACAAGUAAUAACAUCUAUAAAAUAUCACAAAUCAAACUAAAUCAACAUCAUUUGAGUUGCUAGUUUAUGAAUAGCUAAACUUCCUGCAUGACUUAUAUAAAUGCAUCAUAUUUGCACAGGGUAUGAUCAAAACAUCUUUCACCAAGUGAAGCCCACCUACUUAGCUCAAUAGGGAGAGUGCAGAAUUAGGGAUCACAGGGUUGUGAGUUUGAUCUCCUGGCAAGGCGUAUGUUCUCCAUGACAGUUUGAUAAAAGACAUUGUGUCUGAAAUCAUUUGUCCUCCACCUCUGAUUCAUGUGGGGAAGUUGGCAGUUACCUGCGGAAAACAGGUUUGUACUGGUACAGAAUCCAGGAACACUGGUUAGGUUAACUGCCCACGGUUACAUGACUGAAAUACUGUUGAAAAAUAGCGUUAAACCCAAAACAAACAAAAUUCACCAAGUGAACACCAGAUGCAAUAUUUUCAUAAGCCACGAGAAAGAAACUGAAAUCUGGUGUUCACAAGUGAAAGCCUGUAAAACAAGCAUAUUAUAUUUCAUAUUUUGUCAGUCACUUUAAUAAAGCUGUAUCCAUUUCGCUCAUGCAAACUCAUGCACAACAUAAUGCCAUCUCAGUGUACAUGUUUGAAAAAGUUAAAAUAGUUCUUUGAGAUUAUAUAGAUUUCUUAGACUAUUACAUUUGAAUAUUAAAAGAGCAUUUGAUUUUAUGUUUUUGUCAAAAAUUAUGUACAUCUUUGCCUUUAUUGAGGAAUAUUUUUAUGCCCCCGGCAUCUACUGAUGCGGGAGGCAUAUAGUGAUUGUCCUGUCCAUCCGUCCGUUCGUUCGUUUGUUCGUUCGUCCAUCCAUACGAGAAUAACCAAAUGGGACCGUUUCGUCUAGCAUCAAUACCUCUUACUAGAAUGACUUGAUACUAAUGCAGAUGUAACCUGUGACCAUUCCUCAUCUUCAGACAUCACCUGACCUCAGUUUGACCUUGACCUCAUUUUGGACUUAGGUUGCUUUAUAUGGGCCAUCCCUUGGUUAACCAAAUGGGACCGUUGCAUCUAGCAUCAAUACCCCUUACUAGAAUGACUUGAUACUAAUGCAGAUGUAACCUAUGACCAUUCCUCAUCUUCAGACAUCACCUGACCUCAGUUUGACCUUGAACUUGACCUCGUUUUGGACUUAGGUUGCUUUGUAUCGACAAAGAUGCCACAGGGGGCUUCAAGCGUUUAUUGAACGUAGCUUUUUGUUCAUUAUGAAUUUCUGUAAUUCAUAUUCUUGUUACAGUGAAAAAUAUGUUUGACAUUUUGUUUACUGUGAAAUAACCACAAAUAUUUCACUAUUAUUAAAGAGUCACUUAAUUCUGUUUAACUCAACUGAACAUCUCCUUUCAGGUGAGAUUUGUUUCAUUUCUUGAAAAUAUUGCAAUAACCCGCUAGGAAACAUAUAAUAAACUAGUUUUCAACAUAUUAUACAGAUGAAAUUAUAAUUUUGUUAAUAAAUAUUUGUUCUUUUUGUUGUUUUUUUGCAGUUGCUAAUGGAUGCAAUUUCUAAAUUUAAAAAAAAUUGACAAAGCUAGCUGGAGGCAUGCUCACUGGUAGUAAUAUUUCAAGAUAGAAAAUAAGACUUUGUUUUCCUUGGUUUUAAUAUGUAGAAGAUGCCAAUAUAUGUAAAUGAUCAAACUUUUAUUAAGGUUUUUCUUUCUAUGAUUAAUCAGAGGAUGGUUACAGAUUGUAACUUUUGGUAUUAUAAUUUUAGCUGAAAUAUUUAGUUUUGUGCAAUAAGUUAUUGCCAUGCAUUUGCUAGUUAUAUCAGAUGUUUUAUGAUCUCCAGAUAUACAAAUGUGUGUCUGUUUCUGAAAUGGCUCCAUCCAACAAGUCUCAGUGACAGUCUUGAAAGUUUUUAUAUAUUUAAAGAUCUGUAGCCUGUCUUUUUUUCAGAUUUUACAGGAAGUUUUUAGACAUGCAUAUUAAUGUCAUUCAUGUUUAAUUUUACUGGAAAAUCUGUUUUUCAAGUUAUAGUAUGAACCUGUGGUAACAUUUUACUUGCUUGAUCUAUUAAGGUAGUUCUGCACGUUUGGAUCGAAAAAUUUUCUACAAUGUAAAAUUUGAUAAAACACUGAUCUUUCAAAACUUCGGAAUAUACUUAGAAAAUUCAGCAAAUAAAAAAGAUAGGGUUGUGUGCUUGAUUUUUUGCUAGACUGAUUUGAAAAAAUCGGAUCUCGCGCAAUUUUUUAUAAUAUUAUAUGGGAGUCUACGGGAAAAUCACAGCUUUCAUAACUUUGUCGUGAAUAGAAAUAUUUCUACAAUGUAGUUUUUAAUGAAACUUCUCAGUUGUAAAUAAACAUUUGGCCUAUAUUUUGGAGAAAUAAAAUGUAUAGGUCCGUGUGCUUAUUUUUGAGAUAUUUGACCAUGAUUAAAGUGACCCGCACAUUUCAAGACAUUAUUUUGAAUUAUCUAACAUGUCAGAUGUUUUAAUAUCAUAUUUUAACUUUAGAAAGAACGUAACAGUGUAAUUGUAAUAAAUUUACCCACAGGUUACCAUUAAUUUAUAAACUGAUUUUCAUUUCCGUACGCUGAAUCCAGACUUUAUUCUACAUUUUCCGGAUAAAUGACGUUACGCUAUCACUUCCGGUUUAUCAGACGCGCAGAACUACCUUAAAAGUGUGACUACAGCAGAUUUGGAAAUUUUCACGAUUAUUUUAGUUUCAACAGAGCAACUCACAAAUUCCAAAUAGUUUUGAAAGAAACAUUUUCUCAUAUAGCAUAACUAAAUAUGAAGUGAAAGUUCUUAGUGAGUUUUACUGUAUCUUUGAAAAAGAGUGUUUGACAGGUGUCUUUGAAAAUGUUAGUGCAACAGGUUUCUGAGAAAAUGCAAGUUUGACUGCUGUUUUUGAAAAUGUGAGUUUGACUGGUUUCUUAGAAAAUGCAAGUUUGACUGGUACCUUUCCAAAUGCAAAAUAAACGUGACUUGCAAAAUACCCAAUUCUUAAUGGAUUUACUGUUCUGCUGUAGGUAUUUAAGAAAUCUAGUAGCUUUUACAAGUCCAUAUUUAUAUCUUAUUUAGUUAUUAGAAGAAAAACUUAGACCACUUGUCUUCAAAGCUAUAAUUAUUUUGCUUUAAUUCUGCUUGUUGGACAAUGUGCUGAAUUUGUAGCUGUAUUGGUAGUUGCAGCAGACUCAAGACUGCAAUAUAAAAUGAUGCAGUAUUAGAGCUAAACAUCAACAAAAGGAUCAGUUAGGGUUAGAUCAGUCCGUUUCUGGCUUCAGUGAUAUAAGAUUGAGACUGGAGACCAGUCUGCAAUAUCCAGCAUCUGAUUGGUCGUUUUUAGAAGGUUGUAUUCUGAGACUGGUCGCCAAAUUCAGUUUUAUAGUCUCAGACCCUGAUCAGUUUUGGUUCUUAAAAAGUAAGCUAGCUAAGGAUAAAAACUUUGUAUGUAAAGUUUUAUUUAAUCUUGUGUACUAGAAACAUUCCAUAUAUUAUGUUAUGUUACAUGUUUUAAGAUUUUUAGGAAAAUCUAUAUUAUUGAGAUAGUUCCUUUUACAUAUUUGUUGCAAUGAAAUAAAUGUUAUAUUGAAUUGUU